AUGACCGGCUCAUCCAAUGAAUCUUUGAAGAAAAUCGAGGAGAUCUCUCGCGAGCUCAAAUCAGCCCUACAUCAGUACCCUAACUUUCCUCAAGAGGGUAUACUAUUUGAGGAUUUCUUGCCAAUUUUCAGAAGUCCGGAUCUCUUCAACAAGAUGAUUAUAGCUUUUAAGUUACAUAUCGAUGAGAAGUUCAAAGGAAAAACCAUCGAUUACGUGGUUGGUCUUGAAUCCAGAGGUUUCCUAUUCGGUCCAACCCUAGCAUUGGCACUCGAUGCUGGUUUUGUGCCCAUUAGAAAGAAAGGUAAACUUCCAGGUAAAACCUUCAAGGCCAACUUUAGUAAAGAGUACGGCGAAGAUUACUUUGAGAUCCAGAAGGAAGCGAUUCCUGAUGGAUCUAACGUGCUUGUGGUGGACGAUAUAUUGGCUACUGGAGGCUCUGCCGAAGCAGCAGGUAGAUUGGUACUUGCAUGUGAUGCCAAUUUGAUGGGUUUCCUAUUUGUUAUGGAGCUAGAUUUCCUCAAUGGAAGAGACAAACUACAGGCCUCUUCGUUCACUCUUUUGAGAGGUCAACCCGAGUCCCUUAAGGAAGGAAAGGAGCAAUGA